AUGGGGACCUGCCACGCGCGUGUGCAACAGAUGCCGUAUGACCCUGCCCUCGACAAGCCCAUCAUUGACCGGAUCCAUGCGCAGCUGCGGCAGGCGGACGCCUACCAUCGCCCCGAACAACAGCCUGCAAAGCUUUGUGACUGGGGCCUCUACCUGGGUGGUAUGCAGGAUGUCACGGAUUGCAAGAAGAUGCAGGAGCUCGGAAUCCGGGGCAUCGCUAAUGUUGCGUCUUCAGUGUGUAUCUACACACCGCGUGGGGAGGUGCCUGCAGGGGACAUGCGGAUUCUGCACAUUGAUGCCGACGAUGAUGACUGGUACCCUUUGCUCGAGAAGCACCUGUGUGAGUUUGAGAUGUUCAUCCAGAAAGCCAAGGAAGAUGGCGUCAAGACUGUGGUUCACUGCAAGGCCGGCCAGAACCGGAGCGCAGCCCUAUGUGCUGCUUACCUGAUUCACGCUGAGCGGAUGAAGCUGAUGGAUGCAAUCCAGCUCUUGGUGGAACGACGUGGGCUCGUCCUCACGAACUGCCACUUCCUCCGUGAGCUGGUCCAGCUUGCAAGAGCGGAGCAUCUCCUGGAUUAA